ACUCGACGUGUUGAUAAGCGGCGGCGAUAGCGUCGCGUGAGUGCAGCGACUCGGCUACCUGCUGACCGAGGCAGUGGCCGCGCGAUACCUGCCGCCAGUGCCGCUCGCCACUCGCACACACCCGCUGGCGCUGGCAGACGAGUGUCGUCUUCUCGUGACUCCACCCAACCACUGCGAUGGCCGGGACCGUGGACCUGGACGCCAUACUGCUGGAGCUCGGCCAGUUCGGCCGCUACCAGAUCAGGAACUACUGCUUCAUCCUCGUCGUCAUCCUGACGAGCGCUGUCUACAACGCCCAGUACAUCUUUGCCGCAGGCGAUGUUCCCUACAGAUGCAAAGUGCCGGAAUGCGAGGCGUCACCGCCGCAGUUCGAGGCGGGCAACUGGGGCACGUUCGCACUGCCCGACGCUGGGGCGCGCUGCGAGCGCCUGCUGCCGCUGGGCGAGGAGUGCGCGCCCUCCAGCUUCAGCGCCAACGAGACCAAGCGGUGCCAGGCUUGGGUCUAUGAGAACCAGAAUACUAUUGUACCCGAGUUCGACUUGGCCUGUCAGGAGUGGCUCCGUACGCUGGUGGGCACCAUCCACGUGGCUGGUGUGUUCGCCUCGCUACCCGUCACCUCCUACAUAUCUGAUGCCUACGGCCGGCGCACGGCGCUGGUGAUGACGGCGGUGUCUCCAGCAAUCAUGGGCGUCAUCCGAGCGUUCUCCAACUCGUACGUCAUGUACAUCUGCUUCGAGUUCCUGGAGGCCUUCGUCGGCGGCGGCGUCUACAGCACCGCAUUCAUUUUAGCCCUGGAGAUGGUGGGCCUGGACAAGCGUGUACUGGGAGGCAACUUAAUCUCCAGCACGUUCGCGCUGGGGCAGGUGGUGACGGCCGGCGUGUCCUGGCUGGUGCCCUACUGGAGGACCUACACCCUCGUCAUCUAUGCGCCGUCAAUAAUGUUCAUCUCCUACUACUGGCUCAUUGAGGAGAGCGUGCGCUGGCUGGUUAGCAAGGGACGGAACAAGGAAGCUGCGAGAAUUAUUUUCAAAGCUGCCAAGAUGAACCGAAGGAAGUUGUCUCCUGAGACUAUUAGAUCACUGACAGAAGAACCGGACCAAAAGAAACCCACCCAGUCGGAUGAACCAGAGGAGCCAGUAGACAAGCGCGGUAUCCUGCAUCAGGUGGUGAAGUCCAAGACGCUGAUGUUCCGCCUGACGGUGUGCUCGUUCUGGUGGAUCACGCUGACGUUCGUGUACUACGGGCUGUCCAUCAACUCGGUGUCGCUGGUGGGCAACAGCUACGUCAACUACAUCCUGACGUCGCUCGUGGAGAUCCCCGGCUACUGCCUCAGCGUGCUCACGCUCGACAGGUUCGGCAGGAAGAGCUCCACCAUGACCGCGUUCAUCAUCUGUGGGAUAUCGUUGAUAGCGAUGCCUUUCGUACCAGAAUCGAUACCGUGGCUGCAGACGACGUUGAACCUGCUGGGCAAGCUGUGCAUCAGCAUGGCGUUCAGCAGCAUCUACAUCUACACGGGCGAGCUGUUCCCCACGCAGGCGCGGCACCGCCUGCUCGGCGCCUGCUCCAUGGCCGGCAGGAUCGGAGCCCUCGUCGCGCCACAGACACCGCUGCUGAUGGCAUACAUGGAGUCGCUCCCCUACUUAAUAUUUGGCAUCAUGGCGGGCACCUCUGGCCUGCUGAUGAUGCUGACGCCGGAGACUUUGAAGGCCAACCUACCAGACACAGUCGCGCAGGCAGAGAACAUGGACAAGAAGAAAACCACUGCGCAGUAGCAUAGGAACCUGCACCUUAUUGCUUAUAACUUAAGAUAGAUCUUACAAAAACCAAUGCAUUUCAAAGAUGAGUAAUGUUUAGGUGAUUGGGAAGUUAAUAGAUUUCAUAUCUACCAAAUAUACGUACAAUAAUGUAAAUCUGCAUGACAGAUAAAAAAGUUAUUGCAAAUAAUAAGAAUUUGACACAGUAAGCUGAAGCCAGGUAGCGGUAGCAGUCCAGUAAGUUAGGAUAUAAAAUGGAUGUCUACAUAUCGGAUUAAUUUAUUUGUGACGUCAAAGUACCUUUAUAAAUGUGUAAGUAUUAGUAAAUAGUAAUAUAGAUAGAGUGUACAUGUGUAAAUGAUCCUGAUAUAGUAAUUAUGGUUAUUUAGGAAAACAGUUGUAACUGUAAAUUUUUGUCAAUAUGUAAAGCUUACUUGUAGUUAUUGGUUAACAUGAAUGGCGAACUUAGUCAUUGUCCUGUCUGAAACCCUUCGCAGAGCUUAGUAAAUAAAAGAUUGACGUAAUAAUUUGGGAAUUAGAGACUCUAAUCGAUACUAGCGCCUUUAGCGGUAUACUGUUAUGUUAUGUUUAGUCAAUUUAAUAUUAAUACAUUCCUUAGAUAUAGAGCUACAUGUAGUACAAUGUACGUGUUAAGUAUUUAUUAUCUUUUGCUUAUAGGUCACAUGACAGUUGAUCGUAAUUACAAAAAUAUGUUAAUUAAUAAUUAGAAAAUCCGGUUCAUACCGGAGAAGGUAUAAUGAUAUGAUUAGUAAAAUAUUUAUUGAUAAUAUUAUUGUAAUGCGCAUGCGUCGCCUCAUCGCGUGAUUUACGACGCAUUUUGAAUUUUCCUUGAGAUUGGCUUUUGUGACUGAAAGUCGGUCAAGGAAAGAUUUUCAAUGUGUUGCAUGUGUACCAAUUAAUAGGAUAUUUUACUUUUAAUGUAUCCUGAAGAAGGUAAAUACCGACGCAUAAUAACAUAGUGUAUGUAGAUAGGUAUAUAGGUCUUAACGAUAUAUGCGUAAAUUGUUAUAUUUUUCGUCUUAUUUAUGUUAUU